UUCGAUUCAGUUCGCUUUCAGUUUGUCAACGCGUCGCAUGCGUUCGCCGUGCUCUAGCGAGAUAUUCGGAAUUGUUUGAAAUCUAACGAAAUAAUUAGCAUACUAAAGCAGUGAAUAUAGUGAAUUUGUGUGUGUGUGUGGCGAAUAUAUAUAUAUAUAAAGCUUCAAGAAAAUAUCGCUCAACAGUUCAAAUAAGAAACCCUCAACAAGUUGUUAACCCCUUUAUGGCCAUGUCACCCUACGCUUCCUGCGUUCUCCUGUUGGGAUUGCUCUCCCUCGCUCUGAGCCUGAAUGCAGCCUCUGGAGUUCUACGUUGCUGGCGCUGUUCCACAGAUGUGUCGAAUGGCGAGUUCUGCAACGAUCCCUUUCAAUCGGACAGCAUCUCGGAGCAGCAGCGUUACUGGAGCUAUGUGAAUUGCACCUAUUCAGUGGGUGUCAAAUCGGUGAAUGCGCGACCUGUCUGCAAGAAACUGGUGCAGGAAGUCUAUGGCAAACGGGUAAUUUCGCGCUCCUGCUUCUACGAGGAUGUUGAUGAUCCGGCAGACAAAUGCGCCAUGGACACGACCUCAUCCUACAUCAAGACCGUUUACUGCCGCACUUGCACCACGGAUGGCUGCAACUCGGCUGGCGGACUGUCGGGUCUGGUGGGGCUGCUGGUGCUGCCGCUGCUCGCCGCGCUGAGGCAGCUAUGCAAAUGAGCUAAUGGCUGGGAAAACUGAGCAGACGUGGGAGGAGACUGCACUUAAUUGCAUGAUGCGAAUGAUGCAAAACUGAAUUUAAAUCUUACAAAUUCCUUUGAGCAGAAUACAGAAACACAUCAAACAGCAAAUUUUUUUCAAAUCUAAUUUAAUUCGUCUCCACACAACUUUUAAUACAAAUAGUUCUAUGCAAAUUGCACAAACACUCAGCACUGAAUAGCUGGCAGUCACACUUCGCUAUAUAUAAAUCAUAAAAUUAACAUUUAUGCAGACUAUACAAAUACAAUUUCAUAAAUUUAUAAAUGUUAUGUAGCUUAGAGCAUUCAAAGGUUUCUUCACUUCGCUCGAUCUUAAGCAAUCAAUAAAUUUGUAGUUCAAAAUUCAUUUACUCAACGUUUUGCACGCCAAUUGGUUCAUUUAAUUGAUUACACACACACACACACAUACAUGCACAUACUCACACACACCCAAACAUUCAUAUACUUUUAUAGACCUUUGUAAUAUUAUAUUACUUAUUGUAACUGUAAUUGAAGCACUUUUUUUAUGGUGUCUUAUAAAUAAAUUGAUUA